AUCUACGCAGCACGGCGUGGACGGCGGCCCUGUAUCGUGGCGUUUAACGCUCGAUCAGGAUCUUAUUGACACGCUCAAACGUAGUUUCCCAACUUGGUUUCAAGCGUCCGCCAGCAGUGACAUCACCACCACUACUUCAAUAACGACAACAACAACAGCAAUCACACCGGCUACAACGCUCUAUAAAUCAAAAACCACAGAACCAACGGAAAACGUAAAGUCAGUAAUCGUAAACCAACAAACCGUCGUUGAGACAAGCAAACACACGAGCGACAGUAACGGUAACUGUAACGGUAAUAGCAACACGAAUACUCAUCACAACAACACUAUUAUCAACAUCGCCAAAAGUGGUAACAAUUGUACGACACCCAUCACUGUUGACACCACAAACCAUCUGCAUCAACAACUGCCAUAUCUACAUCAUCACCAUUUGCAUCAUCACAGCAACGGCAACAGCUUAAAGCGACACAACAGCGACAGCAUUGGGAAAAACAUUUCUUCCCCACAGCUCAACGGUUGCAGUUAUUCAGCAAUUUUAUCCUCUUCAUCAUCAGCUUCACCUGCUUCGUCGAUAGCAUCGAAUUGCUCUGCAGUCUCCUCGAAGAAAUCCAUAUCGAGUCAUAAAAGCAGCAGCAGCAGUAGCAGUAGUUCUUCGUCAUCAUCAUCUUCCUCGAAAUCAUCGUCUUCCUCUGCCACUUCAGCUAGUUCGAAAAAUUCGUCUGCGAACGCUUCCACAUCCGUGAAGGCAACAUCUGAGAAAUUCAACAACGCCGCGAACGGCGUACAUCACAAAACCUCGAACGCCGCGCUUGUCGAAACGGGGAAGAAGUGUGUAGCGACAAAAGCAGCUGUGAAAUCGGCUGUCAAGUCGGUGGUGAAAGCGCGUGAAAAGUCAGCAGCGUCAACGCUUUCAGCGUCUUCAACAGUGGCGGUAGCAGCAGUAGCGACCACCGCAAACUUAAAAGGGUCGUCGUCGUCAACGAAGGCAAUUACGAAAUCAGCUUCAUUGCACUCACUUAGCAGCUGUUCCGGCUCCGGCUCCGCUUCACUACUCGCAACAUUCUCGUCGCCCGGAUCGACUGCAACUACCGUAGAGAUUAUAUCGGAUACGUCGUGUAACGCGCUCCUAACAGAGUCUCAAUUUGGUGGCAAAGUGGGCUUCGGGCAUACAUUUCAAAACGUUAUACUGUUGCAGGAAGCAAACGACGACAUGUCUGAAGGUGAGCAAUGCUUGAAUGCAGUAGCGGCAGCAGCAGCAGCAGCAGUAGCAGCACCACCAUCAUUCCUAUGUGGCGGUGGUGGUAUUAGCAGUGAUGAUGGCACAAAUUCCGAUGCUUAUGAUCCGAGGCAAUCACCGCCGAAGGCGAUCGUUGAUUCCAGUCCACUGCAGCCGGCAAUGGAUAAGAAUAAAGAAUCCCUAAAAACUUCACCCGCCAUACACGAGCAAUGCAAACAAUUGGAACGUGCCAAAACCAGCGAUUUGCUGAAAGCAAAGAUACAACAGCGACCAAAUCGGGAAGAUUUAGAGCGUCGUCAUAUUUUGGAGGAGGAUGAAUGUCAUAUCGAUCCGAGUUUAGCGGAGAAACAGCGUAUGCUGAAGAAAGCACGCUUAGCCGAUCAACUUAAUUCGCAAAUACAGCACCGACCUGGUCCACUCGAGUUGAUCAAAAAGAAUAUAUUGCACACCGAAAAACCAAUCGAGAAGAUUGUCAAGGAAGGUUUGGUGUCAUUCAAAGCCACAAGCGAAGGUCUACUAACACGGCCUCAACAUCCGCAUAGUUAUGUGACUUAUGAAGAGGACUCACAAAGCUCUGAAAGUGAUACACGUCAGACACCACCACGUGUAGACGAGAUAUGUGCAAGUGGCCAGAGUGAUGCGUUGCAGGCCGCUGCCGCUUCGGCGGGCAUUGUUACGGUAGCCUUAACUAUACCCACUAGCGGCGGGCAGGUCGUAGUGACAUCGGCACCAUUGUUGCCAAGUAGCACGCCAGCAACGAAAAUAUCAACAGUGCCUCCACCACCACCACCCCCUCCUGCGCCAAUGGUGUGUAACAUACAAGUGAAGCAAGAAACUGCAAAUCUCUUUGAGGAGCUAUGCCAGUCUGUGGCUGGACCAACGGCUAGUCCUGGUGGAAAUUUUCUACCGAUGGUGUCGUCACCGGGAUCUUUGACAUCGGCCGCUUCCACAUUGAGCCCCCUAUCCUCGAUUGCCUCGCCAUCACAAUCGCUAACUCCACUUCCACCAUUGAGUUGCCAGCUUUCACUGGGAAAAUCUGAUGCGCCGGGUAAAGAAAAGAAUAGAAAGAAGUCUAAGUCUAAGCCCGCUUGUAAAGCGCGCACAAUUAAGUUUCAUGAGUAUAAGGGUCCACCGAACGCGGCACAGAAAAUGUCAUGCAGCGAAAGUAGCCAACCUGAGGAGACUUCAUAUCAAUUAAUGUUGGAGCAACAAAAUUGUUUGCUCAAGUUUCUUGAGACUCUGAAUAAAAAUCAAUCAAUAGUACCCGCAACUACGGGCGCGACAGUAAGUACGAGUUCGAAUGUUAACACAGUUGGUGGCUUAGUGACAACCGUGGCUAAGUCCAAUGCAGUGGCUUCAACAACAGCAUCGUCAGCUGCCAAGAUGUCUACUGCUCUGCCUUCACCGGCACCUGCCACACCUUUGUCCAAUAUAACGGCUGUAGGUGACAGUGCAAGCAACACAGCCUCGCCGGCCAAUUCGACAUUUUCAAUGAUUUCCACUCCACGCCCACCGCCACUUCCAUCACCUGCCCUCUCCGUGACAUCUUCCAUACCACCCAGCCCGGCAACCAGCUACGCUGACUCCACAUGCUCCACCACAGACAUCUCGCGAUUGGAAAAGAUGAAAGUUUCUGAUUUGAAAAUGCAUCUGAAGCGACGCAAUUUACCUGUGUCCGGUCCAAAACCGCAACUGAUCGAGCGUCUCAAACCGUUUUUGCCACUUGAUGCAACCGAAUGCUCGACAAUAGUAAACACGCCAGCGUCAACGGCUUCUUCAGAGCUUAUUUCCAGCUCAGUGGGUGAAGCUAUGGAUGCUACUAAUUCGGCAGUGACCGAUGUGCCAGUUGCCAUGAUUGUGAAUUCACCGCAUACCGUUGCGAUGUCACCGGAGCGACACAAUCUGGAGCCCGAACAAAUGGACAUAGUGCAGCAAGCAGAUUCCCCACGGCCGGUACCAUUUCAGACGAUUCUACAACCGAAACCACAAGCUGCCACCAUAAUUCUAACGAAUGAUGAUUUGGUGCGGGAACAGAAGCGGCAAAUCGAUGAACUGCAGCGACAGUUGCAGCGUUCACAACAAGAAUUGAAACAGAUGCGACAAAAGCAACAGCAAACUAACCAGCAACAAAAGCAGCUUCUGCAUCCCCAGAAACAAACCGUUACCGCACAAGUGGUGAAUGCAUUGCCAACUCAGCAAAUAACACUUAUCACCACUACAACGGGGCCCCAUUGCGCGCCGCUCACGGUAUUACCACAGAUAAAGGAAAACAUAACGUUACCUACGAAGGCAACGGUGAAAUCGCAAGCUACGAAAGCGAAUGCUGCCAACGCAGCUGCUCACAAAGCAAACACCAAUAAUACAACAACUGUGACACCGCAGGCGAUGAGCCAGAAAAUGGUUGUGAAGCAACAAUUGGAGGCGAAAAUACAAAAACAGAAGCAAGCGGCAGCUGCGGCGGCGGCGGCAGCCGCAUCACAACAGGCACAGAAACAUGUACAGCAAGUGCAGGCUCAUGCUCUGGCGCAAGCUCAAGCCCAGGCCCACGCACAACUACGACUGCUGACAACUACACAAAAGACACAAACUUUACUCAUUCCAACAGUGACGGCGACACAAAAGAUUGAGGACAAGAAAUUGCCCACAGCAGCGCGGCAAAAGAAUUCCAUCAACACUAAUAGUAAGGGCAAUAAUGCCAAUUCCAACACAAACGGGACUACAACAACUAUUCUCGCUAAUCAAAUACCGUUGACCGCAAAAACGCAUAAUAAUUUGGGUCUCGUAUGGAACGAGGGCAAUCAGACGAUCUUUCUGGUUGGGUUGAACGAUCAGCACAUGACGGCACAUACGAUUGGUAACAUUUCUUUGGCAAAUGCGAGUCCAGCUACUAAGAAACUUUUGAAUGGACAUCAGCGUACCAGUUCGCUGCCAAGUAUACUACUCCCGAUUACAACUCCUCAAGGACAUGAACCGCAGCAACUGAUUGAGGCGAAGCCAGUAAUUACACAGCAACAGCUACAACAGUUGCAACUGCAACACCAACAACAACAGCAAUACCAUAAUCACACCUUCCUGCCGACACAACAGAUUAUACAAUUGGACAUUAAGCCACAAACUCAACCACCACCGCCACCACCUCCACCACAAUAUGAGGAAGCUACGAAAAAAUUGGCGGCUAAAGCCAGUUUGGCGCAGGUCAAAAUCAAAGAGGAGCCGAAUACCGGCCGCAAUACGCCACAAACACAAAUUAAUUCAGUGACCACACAAACGACAAGCAAACGCAAGAACGCUGUGAAAUCAGAGAAGGUGACAGAUGUGCUGGACAUACUUGUUAAGCAGGGUGAAUUACCUGAAAGCGUUCUAGAGCCCAUAACGCCCGUGACCCCUCUGACACCGGGAGGUGGUAAUGCGCUAAUGACAGACAUGAGUGGCAAUUUGAUAUUUAACACAAGCUCUUCGGGUAGUGGUCCUUCUGACGAUUUGGCUGCCUCGGGUGCACUGGUGCCUAAGCAGGAGCCACAAACCAGUCCAAUGCCCGAUAGUACACUGGUCUCUCAACCCAUGGACACAACCCCAUGUGGCCAACAGCAGAGCCAAAUGCAGCAGACACAACAGCAGCGAGCGGAGAGCGACAUUGACAGAGUUUUCCAGAUGUUGAGCAGUGACGGUGAUGUGCCGUCUUCAUCAAUCAACUCACCACUGACUAGCGGCUUCAUUGAGAAUAUCGAUAUGGCCUCGCCAAUGCAGCCGGACGCCCACAUUGAUGCUGCAAGUGUGGCUAAGUCAUUAGGCAUCUUCCUGGAGCAACAUCAUUCCACACCACCGCCACAAACGUCGGCUACAGGCAUAUCUUUGCACCAACACCACCAACACCACCAACAACAUCAACAUCAGUCGCCGACACAUCACGAUAUGCUCAGCAAGGCAACCAGCUCGCCAGAGAAAUCUAUGGCACGGAAUAUGGGCAGCCCGGAUGCAAAACUUAAUCACUUUGAUGAGUUUGAGCUGCUCGAGUUGAUGUCACAGCAGUUGGAGAUGGACAUUGGUGACGAUACAAGUAAUUUCGCAGGGACCGUCGAUGUUGGCGUUAAUUCUGUUGCCCAUCAUCAUCAGCACUUACGUCAUUCCAACGAUGAUUGCAAGAGUGGCAACAACGUCGACUCCUCGGCCAAUGUAGGCGCCCAAAAUUUGAACGGUCUGCGGCGUGACAUGAAUCCAAGCUUGCAGCCAUCGAUCAAUGAGCUUAUACAACAACAAUUGCACCAUCAUAGCCAUCAACAACCGUACCACCAGUUGCAACACAACAAUAACAAUAGUGGUGAUGUGAUGAGCGCUGUUGACGUUGACUUCGAUGCAGAAAGCUUUGUGGCGCAAUUGGCUCAAGUGAGCAGCCAUGAUGGUAUGGCUAAUAACAACAACAAUCUUUCGCAUAAUCGCAGCAUAUUGGGUGGCAUUGGUGGUGGAGAACACGGUAGCAGAGGCAGUCCACACAACAACAAUUGUCACAGUAGCAACAGCAGCGAGGUAUCAAGCAGCGGCGACCAUCUCACAAAUGUACGUGGACACAGCCACAGCAGUAGCAAUAAUCACUUUAGUGCCACACCUAUGGAUGUUUGCGACGAUUUCGAUAAUCCGCUGGGCAGUUUCAGUUUUUCUGCAUUCUCGCCAGAUUCUAACAUCAACACGCCACCACAUCCGUUCGGUAGCAGCGAUGGUAGCAGCAGCAGCGCCAUAUUGAAUGGUGGUUGCAUAAAUGGGGAAACCAACAUGGGACUUGGCUUGAGUGGCGACAUGGUGAGUGGAGUUGGCGCAGCGCCAUCAGCAUCUGCCACGUGUGGCAUGCAAGCGAACAACGCCAUGGGUGUGGGCGAACAAAUGUCCAUUUGCGGCAUCGCCAAUGGCCUUGGCGAAGGCAAUGCAAUGCUGGGUGGCAGCGGCGGCGAUGGCGUUAUGGGGGAGAGCUCAGUGACUGCAACGGGUAGCGAUAGCUUUGGGGCUGCUGGUGACAUCUUUGAUUUGUUCAACAUGGACGACUAUAAGAUGUCCUGGGGUGAGGGUGAUUUCGCAGUGUAAAAAUGGUUGAGAGAUAGCGAAAGAGAAAGUUAGAAAAUGUGUGGUAAAGCAGUAAAGGUGCUGUUGAAGAAUGUUGUGUGUUACAUGUUUAUUUACUGGCCCGUUAACUGUUGAAUAGUGCUGGCCUCGGGAUGAGCGCACGGACGGCUUUGUGCCGAGCCUUUGCGUUGCGUUAGAAAUCUAAGUCGAAUGACUGCUUCAAGGGGAAAGGCUGUGUGCAUGUUUAUUAGGCAAUUAUUAUGCGCAUACGCAAGCUUUAAAGGGCACUCGAUUAGUGAGAGGUAUUUUUGUUGCCAUAACAAAAACAAAACAAAUGUUUUAGUACACAUUAUCAGCGCUUCAGUUGGCUUCACAACCACCAAAACAUAUGCGUACAUUCAAACUUAUUCCUUUUUAUUACUACUUUAUAUUGUAUUUGUACUAUCAAAUGAAGCUCCCCACUUUGAAAAAAAAUGCAUUUAAAAUCAAUUAAAUAAAACCAAAACAAAAUGAGGCUUUCGAAAAAAAGCUCAAAUUUCCAUGCUGUAGCCAAGCAGCUGAUAAUGUGUAGAAAAAUAUUAUUGGAAUGAGUGAAAGAACGAGUGCGCAGGCAUUUCGUAAGUGGUGGGUGGUGAGGGAGGAAAAGUAGUUGAAAGAGAAGCAAAAAGUAACUGGAAAGCAUGUAAUGGGAGUGCAAGUAAUCAAUACCAUUCCAAAAAUUAAAAACAAUUUAAUUCAAAAGUGAGCAGUGGAGAGUAUGAAGAGCGUUUUUGAAAAGCGCUGAAUUAAUAUGGGGGCAAGUAAAUGCAGGACAGUUGCAGAAGGAAAGAAAAUAAGAAGCUUACGAAAAGUUAUUUCUCGAAUUGCUGCUCGGCCAAGCUGUCACAAACACAUACUUAUGCGCGUGCAUACAACCAAGCUCAUACAGACGUCCCAGAGCGUGUCGUGAAACAUUCUUUUAUUUAAGUUUUUAUGCAAAAGGAAAUAAAAACAAGAACAAUUUAAAUAGUUUUUAAAAUAAUUACGUUAAUUUACAAUAACCAAAAAAAAAAAAGAAAAAAAAAUUGAAAAAUGACAAAAAUACUUACCACUAAACGCGUGAAUAAAAAUACUUAACUACAUAAAUACAUACGCAUAUUUAUAUUAAUUAUAUAGCGCUCAUUUGUAAUAAUCACUUAAAAAGCAUGUAAGAAUUAAGCGGAAAAUAUCAUAUUAUAUUAUAU